AUGGAUAAUUUUAUAGAACUGGAAUCCGUUGAUUCGGAGGAUUCGAUGGGUUUCACUCAUACAGAAAAUGUUGCACUCUUGCCGCAAUCUGACCAUAGAACUUCACCGAUUGAUGUGCAAACAGCGCUUGGUGAGGUGACGGAGAUACGAGAUAGUGAUGAUCAGAGCUACAGAAAACCUGAUUCAAAGCUAAAAGAGGUAGCCGUCCAACAGCUCGGUAGACUAGGUACACAAUGGAAGCUGGCACAAUCUCAGAGUAUCAACACAAUACUCCGGUCUUUUAAAGAGGCCUAUAACUCUCUCUCAAUCAUUCAAGACUUGCCCGUGAAGUCGGUACAACUUCAAGGAUUGAAUGGCACAAAGUUGGUACCAAAGGAGGAUCAAGAACAAGAAGUUCGUAUCCGUAGAUCUCAAUGGUCAAAUAUAAGAUCGAGGUCCAAGAGAAAAACGUUUUACAUGCAAUCACUUUGCAAUAAGAACAUGAAAUACAAAAAAGCACUAGGAAAUUUAUGGUUUAAAGACGUCACGAGAAAAAUUGAUCCUGCUUCUCGACCUGCAUGCCGCAAGGGCAAUACGCACCCUCGCCGUUAUUUUCAACCUUUUACAAACUCGAGCUCAAACGUGGUCAACGACAAAAAGUGGUCUCAAACUUUAGAUGCAUAUAUCUCGCAAAAAUGUCAUGGUGCCAAUGUAGAUCUGAAUGAUACUACCACAUUCGCUAAGUGCUGGCCCCCACCCCCCUCUUAUACAAACAUCACAGUAGAUUUUCACACACCGUUAAUCUCUGAUCCGAAUUCAGACAAUAACUAUAAUGACGAUACUGAAAGUGAAACCUUUUCUUCUUUUACAGUAUUUGAGAGAAGAAAUUCUAUACUAGACGAAGAAGUCAGACAUCCUGGGAGCUACGAUCUUCCAAGUAUGCCGGGUAGCUAUCCAAGAUCCCCUCCGGAAUAUCGGUCAGGUAAUGAACCUAUGUUUUUUACGUCAGAAUUGGGAGUGACUCAAUCGCCUCCACAAAGCCAACUCUUUAAAAACGUAUCUUCUAUGGAGGUGCCAAAGUCCACAACGAAUAAUGAUGUAGACAUGGGUGACGUAGGUUUUGCACAGUCCGAGGGAAACUUUUCUCCACCAAGACGCCCCAAGUACGUUUAUAAACCCAGGGACUAUUCGUUGCGACCUCGAGAGCCCUGGGAGUUUCCAGAUCCAUUUCCUCUGGUACCAUUACAAGGAGCCACUGCUGCCAAUCGACCUGACUCAUCGCAGCGCAUAUUCUCUACAGCCAGAGUUCAAAACGACACCGCAGAUGAUUUCAGAGCCAGAAGACGUCGACGCAGGCAUAUAAUCGAUGAUGAAGAUUAUUCAGAUGAGGAUUGGGACGCUAAAGGCGAACCUAGAAAGAUUCUCCGUCUACAUUACCAGGAAGUGAAAAACAACGGCAAUGAGUGGGAGCCUUUGACUGAAGAAAAGGCCAGAGAACUAAUGUUAAAAGGAAGAGUCGAUGGAUAUGAUAAUGUCAAGCUGUCAGACACAACGGGAAUUGAACUGUGCAAGCAAAGACAGCUUGAAACGUAUAAGCGAAGAAAGCUUGAAAAUGAACCACGGACGAAUCCUCCCUCAUCUUCCUCGGAGAAAUGUUCAGAGUCUCAUGGAAGUCCCAUGGCUAGUCAAGGCAUCGAACCAAACACAGCAGCUGUAGCUCUACCCCCACCCCCAACUCCAAAACAAAAACCAAGUCAAGGACCGCGAGUGCGUGUCAACGGAAAAUUAAUUUCCAACGAAAAAAAGACGAAGAUAGAGGAAGCCAGUCGUAGUCUGGUUGUCGAAUUGCGUUGUUUACAGCAUGAGUCGAUGGCUAUCAUGGAGGUUCUCGGGCAGAAUAGGUCGAGCGAUAGUGACAAGACUGUGAGAGAACAAAAGAAGAAAGAAUUACAAGACAUCCGGGAUAAAGCGGUUUCUAUGGAAGUUCCGGCACUCGAAGAUGAUCGACAGAGGGCGGCCAGAAUCAUUUUUGAUAUAAUAGACUCCAACAUGCGGCCUGUCGCAAAUGGAUUUGGGCCUGAUGAUGCGAUGAAUUCUUCGCGCUGGUUCUCUCAUGACAGAUUUAUGAAUUACAAUCAAUUAAUAUCAGCUGUAGAAACGGAGUCAGACCAGCUAGAAGAACAACUGUGUGAUCUCCCCUAUGGCUCCGAGGAGUACAAAAAUGUGGAAAGUCGAUUGGAACUUCUGGAAGCAGAACAUGAAUAUUUGGAAAAGAGGGAGGAUUUUUACGUUGACGAGACACAUGACGACAAGAAAUUGUGUGACGAUUACGAAAAUCAUAACCCCCCUUUAAUAACGGGAGACCCACGUGUUAACGCCGAAUAUGGUGCAGCGAUAGGAAAAUGGAGCUCACAAGCUUCACCGCAAACACUAGAGGAAGAGGAAGAUGAUCUUCAAAAGGCAAUAAGAAUGUCAUUGAUUUCAUUGGACAAAACUGAACCGGUCGAACCGGCGAGAGAAGAUACCAAAGACAAACACAAAAAAGUCAAGCCGCGACUUAUUCUGACUACGCGCAAAGAUAAUGAGGGUUCGACUGCACAAGGGCGCACACCAAUCCACAAGAGUACCAAGCUUGCAGAGAUUAUGUCAUCUGAAGCGCAUUGGAAAGAAAGUACAUCACUCGCGCAGUUUCAAGACGACUCGAUGGAUGAGACUGCUGCGUUUGAGAAAGCCAAGGCUAUAUCGCGUGCACAGUAUCGAAAUGAGAGUCCACCACCCGACGACGAUGAUUGUUAG